AAAUCAAAUUGGAAAAAUCGAUCAUUGAAAAGUGUAUGGCUCGCUAACACAAAUAAAUACGCUUAAGUUAUCUGGCUAAGAAUUCUAUUUAUAACAGUUGACGCAGUAACCAUAGUCGAUACGGUUCAGUGACCAAGGUAGUGUAUUCAAUUCACCAGCUGGAAAGCUUUAGGGCGUAAUGUAUUUUCGAAUGUCAGCAUAAAUUUUUUGCCGGUGUUUACUUCAAAUGUUUAAAUGGAGUGAAUGGUUGUGCAAUCGAGCUUUGGAUUUGAAAACGGAGAGGUAUUUCCAACGGAUUGAUUGAACAGAUCCUAUCAGGUCAAGAAAUUGAAUGGAAUGGGAUGUUGAAUUAACGGAGUAACAGAUGGGAUUAUGUGUGAAAUAUACAAUAAACAACGUCUACAACAACCACAGCAGAAUCAAAACUCGCAUGCGACUAAAACUAUUUAGACCCCAUUUGUAUUUUCAUUUAAAGAAUGAAAAGGAUAGAGCGGCAUCUCCAACAUGUUACCUCCUGUGUAAGCUUCCAUAUUGAAUCUGACGACGACGACGCCGACGAUGGUGGUAUCACCAAUGAAGAUGAGUCCGACGAAAAUUGCAACGUUGCCGACAAACUCAAGACGCAAACGCUCCGCAGCGACGACGGCCCGACGAAAUUCAUAAACGUUGGCGAUAAUACGAGCAUUUCGUCUAACUCAGACAUCAAAGGAUCGCCGACGACCUGCGAUAACAACGGCAAAUAUAAACAUGCGAAUGUCCGACGGCAUUUGCCGCCGGGGUCGGGAAAGCAUUCUGUCGGCUGCGUGGACAUCAUGGACGACCAAACAGACGACGGACUCUUCUUCCGACUGUUCUAUCCGGUGGAGAAAACGGACGUGUUCGAGCGCCAUACCCAAUGGCCCCUUUGGUUACCUAGGAAGCAGUACGGCCAUGGUUACGCAAAAUUCCUCAAAAAGAAACCGACGAAAUUCCUGGGAAAGCUCUUUAACUGGCUUGGUGGUGACGUCUACAUUCCGGCCCUCUGGCAGGCCCCGGUUCUCGAGGGGUCAGAGAGGGUCCCCGUAGUGGUGAUGUCACACGGUAUCGGAGGCAACCGGACUUCUUACUCCGCGUAUUGCUGCGAGCUGGCUUCGCAUGGAUUCAUAGUUGCCGCGGUGGAACACAGGGACGGCUCGGCGUCCAUGACAUACCAGCUGAAGGACAACAUCCGGGCAUCCGUGGCGGAGGUCCCCAGAGACCGGACGGGUGGACGGUCGACGCGCUCAUCAAUGGUGCGCUCCCACAGCUUCAAGGAGGAGUGGAAAUCGUUCGAGCACGUGGACGGCCUGGGCAUCCGGUGGAACGACUAUGAGUACCGUAACCGACAGGUUCAUCAGCGUGGUAGAGAGUGCAGUAAGCUUCUAGAUCUCCUUACCGAUAUUAAUAACGGCAUCUCCGUCCGAAAUUGCCUCGGUUUUAACUUCAAUCUCAAGCAGUUCAAGGGCCGUCUUGACUUGGCCAAGGCGGCCGUUGUGGGCCAUAGCUUUGGAGGGUCGACCGUUGUGACCACGUUAGCAGACGACUCUCGCUUUAGAAUGGGCAUUAUGUUGGACCCCUGGAUGCACCCACUGAACAAGGAGUUGUGCCAGCGAGUGGAACAGCCGAUCCUCGUGAUUGCCUACGAAAAGUUCCAGUGGCGGGAAAAUGUGGAGCAGUUCGAUUGGUUGAAAAUGGCGGGAAAAGACAGACGGAUUAUUACUAUAAGGGGCGCGUGUCACCAAGCCGUCAGCGACUUUCAGUUCAUCGUCAACAAGUACCUGGGCCGCCUGAUGAUGGUUCGCUCUGAUCUAUCCCCGAAAAUUGCGAUGGAACUCAACCGACGGGCGUCCCUAUCCUUCCUUGGUAAACACUUAGACUUAAACGACUUUGACCAAAACGAUGACGUCAUAAAAGCGCAACAUGAGCUCAUUAUAGAGGGCGGUGCUUACGCGCGAUUGGUGUGUCCCGAACCAGAAGUAUGAUGUCACGAUGAUAUUCUUAGCCUCAAGCGUUCAAGCAGAACGUCAGGGCUAUUUGAUGGUUUUACCCUAAAGGCAUUAACAGUCCAGUACUUUCAGCGGCAAAAAGAUUCUAUAUCUAUCACAUUCCAUAUUUAUAACCAACAUUAAAUUUCAUAUUCAGGGAACUUAUUAGUUAUAGAUAAUUGAUGGUAUUUUUCCUUUAUGGUUUAUCGUAACAUUGCCUUACAUCAACUAUUUAACCCAUUUAUGCCUAUCGUCUAGAAAAAGGCCUUGGCAAACAGCGUAGACCCAGAUGAGACGCCGCAUGAUUCGGCGUCUCAUCAGGGUCUGCGCUGUUUGCUUAAAGGAAUUACUGUCAGAAAUAUAUUAAAUAUAGAAAUAAAUAUACUAGACAUCCCUUAUUUUGGAAAUAAAUUGAUCCAAUUUAGAAGGAUGGGAGAAUCCACUAGGCAUAAAUGGGUUAAAUAACAAUGUAAAACACGCCUGCGUACCAACAAUACCUGUUGCUGCUCUGAACAUAUCUCACACAGAAUCGGUUGCCAUGUACUUGACAAUAUCUGUGAUAAUUCGUGUCGUUAUUUAUUAUAUGUUUUGAAAUAAGCCGUGCUCUGUAAAAAAGGGGGUUUUAAAGAAUGUUUGUAAAGUGUUGUCUCAGAUUAGCCUGUGCAGUCCGCAUAGUCUAAUCAGGGACGACACCUUCCGCCUCAAUUAAAUUUUUACUUUCUGAAAACGGAAAAUACCAUAAAGCGCAAACUAUCGUGCCUGAUUAGCCUGUGCAGACUGCACAGGCUGUACUGGAACGACACUUUACGCACUCUCAUUAAACCCCCUUUUCACAGAGCGCGGUCAAAAUCUUGAGGACGCCAAACAUUCCUUGCAGUUAUUUCUUUUUGUUUUACAUUAUAAAGAAGGCAGAUGAUGGCAUUUCGAAGUGUUUGCGAUGUCAUAUCAGGGUACUAAAAAUUGGUAAAUAUGACGUCAUAAUAAUACCUCUAAAUUUAAAAUUAUUGUAUAAGCAUAUCUGUGAUGUUACAUUUUACAUGCAAUGUAAGUUAGAUGCUUUUGUAUUAUUUUAUUUUAUAUUUUGCGUUUACCCGCGAUCACUCACGCGCACAUCAUAUGUAAAAGUCACUUUUAAUCUCAUUGUUUUGAUAUUGUUGCAUAUUGGCAUUUGAUCAAGUUUUUUCACGAACAGCUUCCAGUGUUUUUCAUCAUAAUAUUUGUUCAUUCAAAACAGUUAGUAAAUAGAUCAACCGAUUGUAUUUUGUCCAGAUAUUAAACUGAUAUUUACGCAUGUCUUCAGAUUGAUUUAGAUUGUCGGGUGUUGUUCUUUGAGGUUACAAUGCAAAUCAAACAUUGAUACAUAUUGGUGCUUUAACUGUAUUCCUAGCGGUCGUGUCUGCAAAUGAGUCGUGUUCUGAGAAAACGGGGCUUAAUGCAUGUGCGUAAAAUGUCAUUUCAGAUUAGCCUGUGCAGUCCGCACAUGCUAAUCAGGGACGACACUUUCCGCCUAAACUUGAUUUUCGGUAAGGAGGGACUUUCUUGAAACUAAAAAUACCAUAAAAGCGGCAAGUGUCGUCCCUGAUUAGCCUGUGCGGACUGCACAUGCUAAUCAAAGACGACACUUUACCCACAUGCAUUAAGUCCAGUUUUCUCAGAACGCGGCUCAAAAUUAUGUUCUUCCAUACUUUUUAUCAAUAUAUCUAUAAAACUAUUGUAUAACGUCUUUCUAAAUGUGUGUACUACGUGUGUUCUAUGAUUUUCUUCUGUUUCAUAUCUAUUGAAGGUUAUAUUUUUGAACUAAUGCCAAUUUUAAAAAUCCUUUCCAAUAAUACAUAAUAUUGACAUAAAUUUUGUUCUCUUCAUAAUCAUUUAAACCUAUAUUCCAUGUCGUUUUGUUUGUUAAUGUCUUUUUAAUAAUGCACUAUUUUAUAAACGUUUUUUUCUUUUUCAUUAGUUUAUUAUUUUCUAUUUUAUAAUUGGCACAUGCAUUGUUGAAAAAUUCUGCAAAUAUUAUUUCUGCUUCCGCCUAUGUAAAUACCUGAAAUGUCUUUCAAAUAAUGUGUAAUAUAGACUUUAAAUCAUUUUUAUUGCUUUAUUAUGUCUUUUAAAAAGUGUAAUAUUCUAUAAAAGUUGUUUUCUGUUUCAUUAAUAUGAAUAAUAUUCUAUACUCGUUUUUUCUUCUGUUUCAUUAAUACAGAUAUUGUUUUCUAUUAACUGCACAAUUGUUGUUGAAUACCUCUGCUAACCACGUUUGGAAUAAGCGAUUUCUUUCAAAUAAUUGUUAACAUGAACUUUUCAAUUUUUUAUUCCGUGAUAAAAUUUCUGUGAACAAGUAUAAAAUUCUAAAAACGUAAUUUUCUUCAGUUCAUUAGAAUGUUGUUUUUUCUAUCUUAUUAUUUACACAGUUUUAUUGUUAAGCACUUCUGCUUGCCACUUAUGGCAUUAACUAUGUCUUUCAAAUAAUGUGUAAUAUGUACUUCCAAUGUUUACUUUUUGCAUAUGUGUAGUUGCUUGUGUGUACUUGCAGUAGAUAGUGAAAUAGCAUAUGUUAUAUAUAUGAGCCGCGUUCUGAGAAAACUGGGCAUAAUGCAUGUGCGUAAAGUGUCGUCCCAGAUUAGCCUGUGCAGUCCGCACAGGCUAAUCAGGGACGACACUUUCCGCUUAAAUGGUAUUUUCCGUUUAAAGGACGUCCCUUUUUACCGAAAAUCUAGUUUAAGCGGAAAGUGUCGUCCCUGAUUAGCCUGUGCGGACUGCACAGGCUAAUCUGGGAGGACACUUUACGCACAUGCAUUAUGCCCAGUUUUCUCAGAACAAGAAACAUAUAAUGUGAACAUGAUCUAUGCCAACUUUGUAUAUGUCAUGGAAUUGAAAUGUCCUGUUACUCGUUUAUGUGUUUUCAAUUUUCCUUUUUAAUUGAGUUGUUUAACUUGUUUAAGUGUUUAUAUUUUUUUAAACAUACCAAUUGUCAUAGUUUCCAAUUAGUUUGAUUAAGUUUGAAAAUUGUCUGUUAUUUCUGUAAUACAUACUGACUCGUCUUGCUUUAGAUUCAUACUAUUUCAACACACAAAUAUCAUAAAGCAAGCACGUAUCGACUAUGUCUUUUUAAAAGAGCCGCUUAUAAAACACAUUAUUUUGAAUAAUCUAGAACCAAUAUCACUCUUUUAUUUCCUAAGAUGGUUGCACCGCUUUGAUUUUUCUUAUAACAUUAAUACAAUUUCUUUGACCCAGGUUCUUUUGGCACACACCUCUCUUUUAUUUUUAUUUUUGCUUUGGCAAAGCCAUAUCACUGUGAUCCGCAACAAAACGAUAACAUACGU